ACCCGCGCGUCCAGUCUCACGCUUAUUGGUGGAGGCGCCCCAGGUUCUGGGUCGGAGCUCAGCGCCCAGCUCCUUACCCGCUUCGGGCUCCCCUGUUGACCUCGGUGGAGGCGGUGCAAGACCCGGAUUGAAAGGCAACCUGGCCGUCGGACUCAGCAAGGACGGGCAGGGCGGCUUUGGUUUCAUCUGGGCGCUCCAGCCUUCGUUCCGCCUUACCCUCCUCCAACGACCUCCUAUGUCCGGCAUGUUUUCUAGGACCCAGGUGAGGCGGGUUCUGCAGCGGGUGCCCGGGAAGCAGCGAUUCGGCGUCUACAGAUUCCUGCCCUUCUUUUUUGUCCUCGGAGGAACGAUGGAGUGGAUCAUGAUUAAACUGCGCGUGGGCCAGGAGACCUUUUAUGACGUCUACCGCAGAAAAGCCUCAGAAAGACAGUAUCAGAGAAGGCUGCAAGAUGCAUCAGAGACUGAACUUCAGCAGUCAAUAAAGAGGACUGACUGAAGAGUUUCUGAAGAGUCCUGCAUUAGCAACUCUGUAAUCCCCUUAGAGGGGAGGUGUUUGAAAAGCAAAAGAUGGAGCAAGCAUUCUAUACAAAAGACCGUCUGAGAUAAGAACUGAACCAGAGGAAGAAAUGGACUCAGGAGCAAAAACUGCUUUUCAUAUGCGACUCUGAACUAGCCAUUUGGGAAACUUCAUUCACUAGAGCAGACCACGACUGUCCAGGCUGUGUCUGCUUUCUGAGCAUAUGCCGAACGGUUUGAGGGCUUCCAGAGUGUGCCUCUUGCCCCUAUCUGCUGAGUCUAGUUCCUUGUCAUGUGUCCUGUGCCGCUGCUAGGCAGCCAGUGCUCAAGGGCACAGGUGCUGAGCCACCUGCUCAACACACAGGAUAGGUCCUGCAGCUGACAUCCCUGGGGUUCUUAGUGAGGGAAGGCCUGCCCACAUGGGCAGCAGGUACCUCCUGGAACAAAUGGCUGAGGGAGGAAAAAGAGUAUGAAGAUGAGAUUGAUGAGUGAAUGAGGAUGAAGU